AUGAGCGCAAAUAAUGAAGUAAUUGGAAGACAGGCCAUUGGUCGACAUGAGUUUAUUGGGGGUUUGUAUGAUAUUCGUAGUGAUCGUUUCGACGGUAGAAACUUAUUUAAUCGGGAAUUGCCACCAUCGUAUGUUUCAACAACGGAUUGUGCCUAUACAACAUACAUUGUCGAUGAAAAUGAAUCUCAGAGAGAUACAUUCAACAAACUUAAUAUUGAUGCAGCAAUGAAAGUUAGUCUUAUGGCUGGUUUACUGAAUGUGGAAGGUUCAGCUAAAUACCUGAAUCAAACAAAAACUGAUAGUCGAACAGUCCGAGUAACACACAUCCUCCAAUUGAAAACGAAAAAACAACAUUUACACAUUAGUAUGGCUGAUUUGUGCAAAUAUUUUUCAUCAGAUGCAUUGGAAAACUCAAAUGCAACGCAUUGUGUGAUUGGAAUUACUUGGGGUGCAAAUAUUGCAGCAACAUUUGAAGAAACUUUGGCUACUUCAGAGGCAGCCGAAGAAAUUCAAGGCCAAUUAUCAGCAUACUUGAAGAAGCCAUUAACGAGCAUUAGUGGUGACGCAAAAUUGGUAAAUGCUGACCAGACAAAUUCAAAGUUUCGCUCACUGAAGAUUAGUUUUUCUGGCGAUGUGUUGAUUAAGGAUGUUCCACAUACAGUUGAAGAUGUCUUCAAUAUUUUCAGAAAAGUACCAUUCGAGUUGGAAAAAUUAAAUGAUAGCAAAGGGCAACAACUUGAAUUUGAAUUAUAUCCAUUGAAACGGAUCGCCGAAAUUUUCAAAUAUGAACUGUGCAUUAACCGAAUCAUUAGAGAAGUUUCCAUACAUCUCUUGAAUCGCUUUGAAGAUGUUUUUGAACAAAUAAUCCAAGGUAAAAGAAUUAUCAAUGACUUUCUUGAUAGUGUAAAACCAUGGAAAGAUUGGAUCCCAUCGAAUUGGAUUGAAGUUAUUAUUGCUAAACAAACGAAGUUGAAGACAACACAAACGGACACGCAGGUCAAACUAGCAGCGAUACUUGAACAGAUACGUCGAGGCGAGGCUGACGAACAGAAAAUGGUCGACUUUUUAGAUAAUUUCGACCAAAACAAUGAAUGUUCUGUUAGGUCCAUUCGACAAUUUGUCGAAGAAAACUCAAAGAACAAAACCAAAAUUGACUCACUCAAUGAAAUCCGUCAAUAUUUAGAAGAUAUCGAAGGAGAAAACAAACAAUCAAAAGGACGAGAUUUAAGUCUUCUAUUCCCAAAGGAUACAUCGAUUCACGAUUUCAUUAAUCGAAAUCAUGAUCAUGAUGUCUAUUUAUUACAUAUUUCAAAUGAAUGGAAAAAAAACGAUGUAGAAAACUGGUAUAAACAAAUAAGAUUUUUUAGCAAUUUAUACAAAUCGCAACCGCAAAAUGAAACAAAAAAAACAGUUUUUCGUUUGAUUGAUCAUGAUUUGCUUGACAAUUUGGACGAUAAGCCUAAUCGGUGCGUGAUUUAUCAUGCAUAUCUUGGAAAAAUCGACGAAGGAAAGGAUUAUUAUCAUACUUCACGAAUAACUUUAUCUGAAGAUCAAAUUCGAACAAUUCGGGCUGAAAACAAACUUACAACUAUAACAAACUCGGAUAUCGUAAAAAGGCAUAAAGAAUUUAUCGCUGCACAUCCUACUGGUGAAAUGAAUAAAGAAGAGUUUGCAGCUGAAUUUCAACGACUUUUCCCGCUUGGCGAAUCACGGUGCUACUGUAAUUAUGCGUUCAAGACGCUGGAUAAAAAUAAGAGUGUCACUAUUAGCUUUGAUGAAUUCAUGUCAGCCAUUGCGUUAACGUUACCAGGCGAUAUAGAACACCAACUUGCACUCACUUUUCAAAUGUGUGCUUACAACGAUCAAGAACAAAUCAGCAUCGAAGAAUUGGUUCAAUUUCUAGAAGCUGUAGCCGAAUUAAAAGGUGAAGACUCAAAGUCUGCGUCGUUGAUUGCCAAAACAAUUGUCAAAUUUGAUAAAAGAAGACAGGAUGAAAAAAUAACAAAAGAAGAAUUUAUAUCUCAUCUUAAAGGGAACUAUGAUUUGUGUGUGGCAUUCCUACCAAUUGAAGUCAGUAUUACUCACAAAUCUCGAGAAGGCGCAGGUAAUAGCAAUCAGAAACCGGAUAUCUUAUGCUCUAAAAACGAAAUUUGUUUUCAUGGUGGAAAUUUAUUGACCGUUGAACAACAACAGAAAUUAAAUGAAUUCUAUGGUAAAGACGACGCACAAUGGCAAUUGAUCUAUAAAGCAAAAAGAGAUGGUUUUGCUGGAAAAGAUUUUCAUCGUCAAUGCGAUGACAAAGGCCCAACAAUGACAAUUAUUAAAUCAAAAUCUGGCGGAUAUCUGUUCGGUGGAUAUACCGUGCCUCCAUGGAGCUCAGAUAAUGGACGAAGAACAGACUCAACAGCCUUUUUAUUCACACUAACAAAUCCACGUGGUCAGGCAAUGACAAAAUUUAAUAUUGGACAGCAUUUAAGUGCCACUAACAAAAAGUUUUCUGCUUAUCAUUAUAAUCACGGCGGACCGAUUUUUGGUGGUGUUACACUUGGUCUCUGGUCUGGUGGCCUUGCUCUUGGCUUUUCUGCGUAUGGCCUCUACGGUGCUGCUGCUAAUUGUCUUUCUGCUGAUAUUUGUGUACAGAACAACUGUGAUGUAACGCCGAGUACUAUUGACUUUCCCCAAGCUUUUAUUGAUACGUCGGGUCACGGACAAGCAACAUUCACUGGAGCAAGGGAGUUUUUAUGCGACGACAUUGAAACUUAUGAGUUGAAUUAA